CUCAUUUGUUGUUUGCGAUUUGAUGUCUGCCCCAUGAAAAUGUAUCGCUCAUUGUCAUGCAACCAAGGAACCCAGCAAAAGACUUGAAGGGAAGCAUCUAACGACUAAAGUGGGGUCAAGAUAACGUGGUGGGGUGCAGAUUUUCACUCAAAUUUUCAGUUUUAAGACACUGUCUUGGUGUGUAGAAGCCUAGGUGGGAGUCACCUUGCCCUAGGAGCCGUCCUGUAAGUGAAAAAUAUGCUGUUGGGCUGCAGCCAGCAGCCAAUGACCGACCCUCACCCGGAGCGCUACCUUUACCUGCGCGACCUGCUGGCCGAGCUGCGCGACUCGUCGGAGCCAGCUGCCCGGCGACAGGUGCUGGCCAACGUCGCCAACUUCGCCUACGAUCCGCGCAACGCCGGUCACCUGCUGCGGCUGGGCGCGCCGCGCGCGCUGCUGACCCGUCUGGCCGACCCGGACCCGCCAGCCUGCCGCGCCGCCCUGCUGGCCGGCGGCCUGCUGCCCGCCCUGCUGGGCUGUCUGGAGGAGGAGUGCGUGGAGACGGUGACGUACGGCUUGACGACGCUGCUGCUUCUCCCGGUCACCGACGCCGACCUCUGGUCGCAGAUGGCGGUGGCACUGCUCUCCUCCGGGGCCGCACACCGGCUCAGUCGCGCCGCCUGUCGCCUCACUCCGGCCGCCGCGCGCCACCUGAGCGUGGGCGACCGCGCCGAGCACGAGGUGCAGCUGAGCCGCGCCCUCGUCGAGCGGUUCGCCGCGCUCAGCGGCGACACCAACCCCAUCCACGUGGACGCGGCGGCCGCGCUGCCCGGCGCGGACGACACGGACGACACGGUGGUGCACGGCGCCCUGCUCAACGGCCUGGUGUCGGCGGUGAUGGGCACGCGCCUGCCGGGGCCCGGCACGCUGGUGGCGCGCCAGACGCUCGAGUUUCCGGCGGUGUGUCGCAGCUCGGACCGGGUGCGCGUGGCCGUGUGGCUGACGCGGGUGCGCCGCGUGAUCGGCGCCGAGUUCAGCGUCAGCGUGCCGCGCCGCGGUGGGCUCGUGGUCAUGCGCGGCACCGCCCAGCUGGUGCGCAGAGCGGCUGGCUGACGGCUGCAAUGUUGGCAGCAGGGGAGUCUGAGGCGAGGGCGCAGAGGGGCCGGCUGACGGCUGCCGUGUUGGUAGCAGGAGAGUCUGAGGAGUCUGAGGAGUCUGGGAGUCUGAGGCGAGGGCGCCUGGGUGACUGUCGCCGUUCGAGGCUGUGAUGUGGCGUAUUGUAGUGCAAUACA